AUGCUCGAGGAACGACCCGUUUUGUUCAGGAAGAGCCCUUCCCGGAGGCGCUUGAGACCCAGCUUUGACACCGAUGAUAGGGGUUGGACCUCUCUUCAUGUUUUCGCUAGGAAAGGCGAUCUCAAAUUGGUUAAAAAACUUCUCAAUGAAGGAAUGGAUGUCAAUGUAUCUGCAUGGGGCCCUAAAUCGAAAGGGGUGACCCCUCUUCACCUUGCUGCGGAAGGUGGUCACAUUGGAGUGAUGGACGUACUACUUGAGCGUGGUGCUGACAUUGAUGCUAGAACUAAGGGUGCUUGUGGCUGGACACCACUUCACAUUGCUGCGAAAGAAAGAAGGAGGGAUGCUGUGAAGUUCUUGAUAGAGAAUGGAGCCUUUUUGCCACCUGAUAUCAAUGAUAGCAGAUUUAACCCUCCUCUUCAUUACUGUCCCGGACUCGAAUGGGCCUAUGAGGAGAUGAAGCGACACCGACAGCUAGAUAUAUCUGCUGGAGAGUACAGCUCUGAAAGUUAA